GAAUCAGAAUGGUGUGUGGGUGGUGUUGGGUUGGUGCGGUUGGUGUGUCGGAUUGAUUGGAUCUGUCAGUUCGUUGGGCACGCGCAACGCGCUGGGGGCAAGUGAAUUGAUGUCAAUUAUGUAUGACAACCUGUGGAGGGAGGUUAUGAUAGCUAAGUCUAAGUGCCAGUAUGCCCAUUGAGCCAUAGUUUCCAUCUGUGCAGCUGAAGCACUAGGACAGGAGACUGGUAGCACCCUAAAUUAGCCACCAGUGAAGACAUGAAGAAGUUCAGCUUUAAGGAAAUGCUGGAUGGCCUGCUGGGUUCUACACCAGCCCCAGCCCAGCUGCAGCAGCAGUUUCCGGAGAAACUGAAUGUCAAGGAUUUCCAGGCCAUGAAUAUCGUGCGCCAUGGCUUCCCGCACCAGCCGACAGCACUGGCGUUCGACCCGGUACAAAAGCUGCUGGCCAUCGGUACCAAGACCGGAUCGCUGCGACUUCUGGGCCGGCCCGGAGUGGACAUCCACGUGCGUCACGACGGAGACCCGGCCGUCCUUCAGAUCGCGUUCCUGGUGAACGAGGGCGCGCUGGUGACGGCCUGCACCGACGACACGCUCAACAUGUGGAACAUCCGCCAGAAGAUUCCCGAGGUGGUGCACACGCUCAAGUUUCAGCGCGAGCGGACGACGUGCAUCAGUCUGCCGCUGCAGAGCAAGUGGCUGUACGUGGGCACCGAGAAGGGAAACGUGCACAUCGUCAACAUCGAGUCGUUCGUCGUCUCCGGCUACAUUAUCAACUGGAACAAGGCCAUCGAACUGUCGAGGAAAAACCACCCGGGCCCGGUCACCUGUCUGGUCGACAACCCCGUGGACAGCAACAAGCUACUGAUCGGGUUCGAGACGGGUCUGCUGGUGCUCUGGGACCUGCGCACCAAGGCCGCCGACGUGCGGUGGCAGUCGGCCGAGCCGCUCCGCUCCGUCUGCUGGCUCUCCGACGGCAAACAGUUCAUGUCCUCCCACGCCGACGGCUCACUCUGUACGUGGAGCGUCAAGACGCCGCAGCGGCCGGUGGCCACCCAGUUCCCGCACGCCAAGACACGGGAAAACGGCCAGCAGGAGCCCUGCAAGGCCAUCCAGAAGGUUUCCUGGCUCUCCACCAGGGCGGGCCUCCCGCGGCCCGGCUCGCUGCUGCUCUGCGUGGGUCCUCGGCCCGCCCGCCCCAGUGAGCCGUACGUGAUCUUCACGGGCGGCCUGGGCCACGACACUGCCGGCCGGACCCCGAGCGUCACCGUGAUGCACGGCCGCACCACAACAGUACUGGAGAUGGAGCACAACGUUGUCGACUUCAUCGCGCUCGUCGACACCCCCUACCCCAGCGAGUUCCAGGACCCGUACGGCAUCGUGGUGCUGCUGCAGAACGACCUGGUGGUGGUGGACCUGACGUCGCCGGGCUACCCGUGCUUCGAGAACCCCUACCCGAUGGACCUGCACGGCUCGACGGUCACCAGCUGCACCUACCUGGCCGACUGUCCGGGCGACCUGGUGCCGGCACUCUACAGCGUCGGCACCGCUAAACAAAACAGGACUGGUUUCAGCGAGAAGGAAUGGCCCAUCACCGGCGGAACGUGGGGCACCGGCGGCAACAGCUACCCGGAGGUGGUUAUCACAGGCCACGCCGACGGCAGCGUCAAGUUUUGGGACGCCACCGCCGUCAGCUUCCAGGUGCUGUACAAGCUGAAGGUGUCCCGGGUGCUGGAGCGACAGCGCCGGUCUCAGGACGGCGACACGGAGGACCAGCUGGCCGUCCAGCAGGUGGUGCUCUGUCCCGAGAGCCGGCAGCUGGCCGUCGCCGGAGCAUCCUACGUCAUACACUUCCGCUUCAGCAGAAACGAAAAGAACGCCGAGGUGCCGUGUCUGGAGAUCCCCAUCGUGUACGAGACGUACGGCGACUCGGACCGGGACCCUCCCAGCGGCGACCCGGCCGUCACCGUCCGGCCGGCCGACACUAUCGCAGGAGUGAACGGCAAAAAGGCGGAGCUCUCCCUGCCGGUACGGUGCCGGUCGGGCCCGAUCCGGCGGCCCCCCGGCUUUCACCCGGAGCUGGUGUGUAUCACACCGGCCGUCAACGGAGAGCCGCCCGGCGUCAUCUCCAGCGUGGCCGUCAACUCCGCUUACGGACUGCUGGCGUACGGUAACGAGAGCGGCCUGGUGAUCGUCGACACUGUUCAGCGUACCUGUCUGCUGAACCUGGGCACCCCGGACCUGUACGGGCCGGCCGACCCGUACCAGCGCGCGCCGCGGUCACCCAAACAGCGGGCAGAGGAGGCCGACCUGGGCCGGUCACCCGACUCCGAACAGAUCAACGGGCUGUGCCUGUCGCCGACGGCGGGCAAACAGGGCGGCGUGGGCAGCGUGUCGCCGCGCGGCCGCGACGUGCAGCGCUCCCGCUCACAAGGUACCGGCCGCCGCCUGGUCAAGGCGCACAGUGUGAUGGAGGAGCCCACCUCGCCGCUGGCGCCGCAGCUCUCGGCCACGGCCGCCGCCGCCGCCGCCGCUGCCGGGCCCCACCUGCGCGUCUGGCGCGCCAGGCAGUGCAAGAGUUUCGAGCGGCUGGACACCCAGCAGACUGCCUCGCGCAGCAGCAGUCUGAGCAGUCUGGAGAACAUCAGCUCAGAGGCCAUCGUCUGCCUUCAGUUCGCCGACACGUUCGUCAACAAAUCCGAAUCUUCCACAUGUCCGUGUCUGCUGGUGGGCACUUCGCUGGGCAGCACACUGAUCGUGCAGGUGGCCCUGCCGCGCAGCGCCGACCGGGCCACCCAGGCCGUCAGCGUGGCGCCCACAGGGUCGAUUUUCCGUCUGAACGGCGCCAUGCAGUGUAUCGCGCUGCUCGACUGCAGCGGGGCGCGGAUACCGGCCGCCGCGGAGACCUGGAGAGACGGGAACAAAGAGCGAACCCGGACCCCGUCUCGGCCGACGGUGAGUUCGUGUGGCUCGCUGAGCGAGGCGGGCGGCGGCGACGGCCAGCUGUUGGUACUCGUCUCAGAUAAACAGGCGCGCGUCCUGGCCACGCCGUCACACAGCUGCCUCUGCAAACUGCAGAUCACAGAGACCUCGUUCGUGGUGCGCGCCGAAAUCAUCUCACUAAAAGACAGCGUGUGCCUGGUGUGUUACCUGGCCAACGGCCGGCUCAACUCGUACAGCCUGCCCAGCCUGAGGCCACUGAUGGAGGUGGAAUUCCUGCCGCUGAGCGACCUCAGUUUUCAGACGACCAAAUCGGCCAUAGCCGACCCCAUGCUGGCCAUAUGGGGCCAACAAAUGUUUGUUAACGAAGACGCGACGCAGAUGGCGCGCACGUUUUGUAUCAGCAACCACGGCCACGGCCUCUACCUGUGCUCGCCGUCCGAGAUUCAAAAGUUCACCAUCUCAUCAGAGUUCUGCACCCAGCUGCAGGACAUGGUGGGAGAGCUGUUCCUGGCCUGUGACAUGCCGGAGCUGCCGCAGCAGGGCUUCCUCAAAGGGCUGUUUGGCGGCGGCGUGCGAUCACUGGACCGGGAAGAGCUCUUCGGCGAGACGUCCGGCAAGGCGUCGCGCAGCGUGGCCAAGCUGCUGACAGGCCCGACGGCGCAGGCCGAGCAGCUGCAGGCGCGCGUCUCCUCCACCGGCGGCGACGUGGGACGCGCGCGACAGGCCAUGAUCGAGCGCGGCCAGAAGCUCUCCAAGCUGGAGGACCGCACUGAACAGCUCAUGGCUGACGCCGACAACUUCUCUAGCACGGCGCACCAGCUCAUGAUGCGCUACAAGGACAAAAAGUGGUACCAACUGUGAGCGCGCCGGCGGCGGUCGGGACGCGCGUGAUAUCAGACCGAGUGCGGCCGGCGGCAAUAAUGGCGCGCUGGACGGGGCGUGCGCGGCGCGCCCGGGGUCAGUUUACAUGGUGUGACUCGCGCGCUGAGGACUGCCUGCGCUCGGGGCGGGUAUUUGUACUAGUCGGGCGGCCGGCGCCGCGUGCCGGUAGGGGCGGCCGGGUGCGCCCAGUGCCCAGAGCGGGUCGCCUUCCUCAACCCCUGCCCGAGUAGCGUUAUGUUUGUGAUAAUCUUGCAUUCCGUGUGGCGGCGGCGGCGCCUUCCAGUGCCGCGAGCGGCGCCGGGCGCCGGCCGACCGCCCGUGUGUGCGUGAGUGUCCUUUAGGGUGGCGGCGGCAGCGGAGCGCCGUGGCGGGCCGGUGCACACAUAGCCCUGGGUGAGAGCCGGACGGCCGCCGCGCAGAGCUUGAGGGCGGCGGGGCCGGCGGGGCGCGGGCGGCGGCGCCGGAGCCGCCUCUGAGACCGCCGCCGGACGGCAGCACGGACCGCUGGGCCAAAUGGUGUUAGAUUGUUGGUUCGAGUUGCUGCAGUUGUUUUGUUAGUUACUGGAAUGAUUAUGAAUACACUGGCAAACCAUCACUGAAGGGACUAAA